CUCCUAACACACUUUCUAGGUUGAUAGCUGAAGAAAAGAUCAACUAGGAAAAACAAAUCGACUCAGGCGUUGGACAGAAAGUCCAGUGACGUGGCCUCGAGGAUCACCCGAGUUCUGAUACAUACAACAAUUAAUAGAAUUAUGUUAUAAGAUGUCAGACAACGAACACCCAGCCACUGACCUACAGGAGAACGUGGAAGGCCACGUCCCCAAAGAGCCACCGCCUGCGUCACACAGUGAUUCUUCACAUGACACGCAAAGUGACAGCUCAGCUGACGUAACCCCGACUCGAAAGACGAGGAAGAGACCGGAGAACAAACCACCUCCCGAAGUCCAGGAACGUCCGGAGACAGCCAGUGAGGCAGAAAAUGCAUCGAAGGCUUCUUCACAGACGACUGUAUCCCAAGGUGGUUGGGGGAGCUGGGGAAGCUGGGGGAAGUCUCUUCUUUCUACAGCCACAGCCACUGUUGCCACCGUAGGCCAAGGACUGUCUCAGGUCAUCGAGAAGGCAGAGACGUCUUUGGGAAUUCCCAGUCCUACGGAGCUCUCUGCCCAAAUGGAAAAGGAAGAGGAAGCUGAUGCUCCUUCCAGCUCCAGUGAAGGAAACACAGGAGAAGGAGACGGUAACGUGUUGGGAAGUGCCAUGGGAAUGCUGUCCUCCAGCAGUAUGGGAAUGCUGUCCUCUCUAUCCAGUGUGGUGCAGAGUACAAGUAAAACGGUAAUAAGUGGUGGACUGGACGCUUUGGAGUUUAUUGGUAAGAAGACGAUGGAUGUGAUAGCAGAAGGAGACCCUGGCUUCAAAAAAACCAAAGGCCUGAUGAACAGAACGUCCACCUUGUCACAGGUUUUAAGGGAGGCGAAGGAACGAGAGGAACGGCAGACCGCCGAGAACGUCACCUCAGAAACAGAGAAGAAGGCUCAUUAUGGGAUGUUGUUUGAUGAGUUCCAGGGCCUGUCGCAUCUAGAAGCCUUGGAGAUCCUGUCCAGAGAGAGUGAAGCGAAGGUGAAAUCAGUGCUGACCACGUUAUCGGGCGAGGAGCUGACCGCUCUGAGAGACGAUCUGGAGCAGAUCAAGGAGUCCUUCUCCCUGAUGGAGUUCGAUGAAGAGGAGGUAGACGACCCAGAAGUCGACGCCGGUGAAGAUUUCCUUAAGGAACUGACCGAUGCUCUUAAAAAGCUUCACAUAUCUACGACAGCGGAGAGGCUUGGCAAGGCUAGGAAGAAUGCAUUUGACCGUAUUAUGGACAUGAAGAUCCCAACUGAAGCAAAGCAGCAGCCAGAAGAGGGCAGCGAGCAGGAGGCCACGGUGACCAAGUGCACUGUUGAGGAUGCUCACUUCUCUGCUAUCACGAGCUUGGCAGAGCUCACAGCCAGAUCCAUUGAGCAGUUCCACAAGGUGGCAGAAAUGCUUCUUCACUCCACCACUGAGGGGGUCACUGCUCUGGAACAAGCCAAAGUCCUGGCACAAAUCACAGUUGUUCUCUGCAAGGAGGUAUCGAUGCUGUCGAAAAAAUUCACAGCUUGUUUAGCGACGAUUGGGUCAAAUGAAAAAGGAGAGGUACUGAAUCCGUUAAUCACUGGAGUUUUCCUGGAGGCCUCCAACAGUGCUUCGUAUAUCCAGGAUGCGUUCCAGCUGUUAAUGCCAGUACUAGAGGUGUCUCACAUUCAAACGACGGCCGACUCGAGUCACUGAUAACGACUCGGCAAUCCGCCGCGUCAAGUAGGAAUUUAGACAGGAAGAAGGAGCAUUACGACGAAGGACAGGUUGGAAAUCCAGUGCAUACUUUUGAUGUACUGUAUGGAGUAACAUGACGUGCAAGAUGGACUUUUAUUGUUAAUUUUACCAAAAAAAUAUCAUUGGGAAUUUUUCAAAUUUUCAAAAAUGUCAAUGCUGUUCCACGUGAUAAAUUUUUGUCUUGUUUAUAAAUCUGACCAUUUAGAUUAGAAGCUUUAUGCAGCAUCAGCUGUUAAGUCUUUCUCUCUCUUUUUUUUUUUUCUUUUCUUUUCUUUUACAAUUACAAUCACGUCGAUAAAGAACGCAUCGGUAUUGUUUUGGCCUUAAUGUGUUCAGACUCGUAACAAUAAAUACAAGAAUUGUAGAUUUUUAAAGAAAUACGUCAUGUGACCUCUUACGUGAGCACUCAUGCAAUUGAUAAGUGUUGUGAUCUAAGGAUAAGACGUGGAACAUUCCUCACGUUGAGGGUCUGUACUGCUACGGUGUCGGUUGAAAGACGCUAUCUCGGGUAGAUCUCGAAUAAAAGAACAAAAGGAGGUUCGGCAUGUGGUAUCGUAGUGUGAUGUCAUUCUCAGAAGGAAAAAAAAUAAUUAAGCUACUGUGCUUUUUAUCUGAUUUCAUACUAUUGGCAUUUUAAGUUUAUUAAAAUAAACAUCCUUUGUGAUGCUUUGCCAGGCCUUUACUGCAGCUGUCUUCAGUUGUUGUAUGUUCGUGGGUCUUUCUGCCUUAAGUUUUGUCUUUAGCAAGUGAAAUGCGUGCUCGGGAGGGUUGACUGACUUGGUCGUUGCAGACUAUUCCACUUCUUCGCUUUAAAAAAACUCCUGGGUUGCCUUUGCGGUAUGUUUGGGGUCAUUGUCUAUCUGUAAAGUGAAGCGCGUAAGUGUGUAAUUAACUUCACUGAAUUUGGUUGAAUCGGAGCAGACGAUAUAUUCCUAUACACUUCAGAAUUCAUCCGGCUGCUUCUAUCUUGUCACAUCAUCAAUAAACACUAGUGACCCAGUGCCAUUGGUAGCCAUGCAUGCCCAUGCCUUCACACUGCCUCCACAGUAUUUUACUUAACAUGCCCAAGCCUUCUCCAUACGUUUUUUUUUAAUGUUUUUUUUUUUAAGUGUUCCUGUUAUCUCCCUAUUCUAUGGGUUUACAGCGACUGCGUCCAAAUGCGAAUGCCACACCUGGAAUCACCUCCAGACCCUUUACCUGCUCAAUUGAUGAAGAAAUAACAACGGAAUAGCCCACACCUGUCCAUGAAACAGCUUUUGAGCCAAAUGUCCGAUUACUUUUGGUCCCUUGAAAAAGAGGGGGCUACAUAUUAAAGAGCUGUAAUUCCUAAACCCUUCCUCUAAUGUGGAUGUUAGUACAUUUAAAUUAAAGACGAGAGACUACACUUUAAGCCCAUAUUCAUUGUUUAACUGUAACUUGAAUACGUUUUGGUAAACAGACAAAAUAAAACUGGUCAGUGUCCAAAUAUAUAUGGACCUAACUGUAUAGAUUUUCCCCGCUCCAAAUUUACUAUAUAAAAAUAUCCUACAGGGUGUCCCAGAAGUCUCCAUAAAUACUGGACUAUGUUUACUAGCACCACGUCUGUUGUGGCUUCAUCGGAGGACGUUCGCGGACGUCCACUUUUUCUCGGUCGGUCCGCCAAACACUUCGUCUUUUUGAAUCUGUUAGUAAGUUUGGCGACAGUGUCGUGCGUGAUGUACUCGCCAUGUUUCCUGUUCAAGUCCGUCGCGACCUUGCGACAUCGUCCCGAUCCAGCCACGAGAAUGAUUUCAAUACGUUCUUCUUUUGUUACAGGCGUUCUUAAAGGCUAUCUGAAAAAAAUAUAUACUUAAUAUAAACGAAGUAUGGAAAUUUUUGAAAGACAUUUUGCUUUAUAUAUUAAAAAAAAAAAAAAAAGGUGUUCAUUUCCCCUGUAUUUAAAUGAGUUAAUAUUGUAAAACCUUCCAAGUGAUCCAAGUUCAUUAAAAAAAUGUAUAAAGGACAGGAAAAUGAGCAAUUUCCUCCAUUUCAGGUCUAAGGAGAGUAAUGGAAGGUGUAAUAAUAUUACUGUGGAGUCAGGAACUGCUUGCUGACAGUGGCAACUGCAUAAACUCAGCUGGACGGCGGAUGUUUAGGUGAUUCUGCAGCCAUGUGUGGUAAAAAUAAAUAAAUUCAGUAUAACCCUUAUACAAAUCAGUUGUCCAACAUCCAAAUGGCUGACGUUUAAACUGUAUGUUUAAUCACGUUCUAAUCAUCAUCACCACCAUUAAGAUUACUCGCAAGACGUUAGAUUUGACUCUUCAUUGUAGGCGUAAAUGAUCUUUUUAGGUGAAAACAUUGUUUUCGACCAUUAUUUAUUCUGACAGCAUCCUUUAAUGAAUAUAGCUAACUGAUAUUAACUAUAUACAAGGCUAAUAUUAGCUAUGUCAAACGUACAUUGAUUUUAUUUCAUAUUAAUUAACAUUCUCCAUUUCUCGGGACAAAAAUCAAGGAUGCCUGACGAGUCCAUUCAAAGGCAUGCGGGGAAGUUAGCGGGCUUUUGGGUGUCGGAGACCUUAAUACAGCUGCACGAAUCAUUUUAGAUGAAAAAUGCUCUCUUGGCUUAUUUCUGAGUGAUAAUUCGUACUAGUUAAAUUGUGGGACUCCUGUGAAAAAUGUGUAAAGACUAGCAGGUCUGUAAUAUAAUAUAAUCAGAGUCACUAGAUACUGUGUAAUGUCAUGUAGUUGUAUAUGGUACACAAGCCUAUAAAAUACUACAACAGUUUUGUUUUUCUUACAGAAACAUGUAACUGCUUAUUUUUUAAAAUAAACACCUAAGAGAUGA